AGACAGGCACCGGACUCGCCGUCCACUGUGCCUCGGAGCGGCGGCGGCGGCGGCGACGGGGAGGAGAGAGCGGAUUAGGGGAUGGCGCCACCGUCACCUCAUCUCAUUACUUAUGUCAUCGUCUCGCUCUCUCGCUCCAACCGAAAGCUCUCUCGUACAAAGAGAGGGAAAAAGAAGAGGAAGAGAAGAAGAGGACACGUGCUGAAUGGACAAAAUCGAUCUCCAUGGAGUUUAUCAUACAUAAAGGAUUUCUUCUGGGGAAUUCUUGACUUUAUCAUUAUGUUUUUCAAAAGCAUGAUUCACCCAAAUGUGAAGAGAGGUUGUAGAAACUCCUCCUCUGAUUCCAAAUAUGACGAUGGAAGAGGGCCUCCAGGAUAUCCUCGCCGUGGAAUGGGUCGUAUUAAUCAUUCAAAUGGACCCAAUCCUCCUCCGAUGGCUGGAGGUGGAUGAGGAAGAUAAGUGCCUGCUGAAGAGGCAGGCAACAUUACAACACAUUCAUCAUGGGAACUGAAAGAAUGCUGAAUGGUGGACCAAACCAUUUUCCAAUCAUGAUUGAGUGUGUAUGUCUAAAAUAAUUGCUCUGCGAAUAAGCAGAUUAAUGAUGUUCUGCUGGGAAUUCCUUCAGGGAUCCAGUAUAACUGAUAAAGCAAUUAUAUAAAGGCACACGUUUCUGUUC